UGCACUCUGAGAUGCUGGCAUUUUGUUCAGAUCAUUUAUUCAUUGAAUUCUGACAAUGAACCAGUAAAGUUCAAGUUCACGGACCAAGCGGAGAGGAGAGGAGGCUGAACCUAUAAACCAUGCCGAGUGAAAAUUAGUGUUUAAUUUUUGACGAGUUGGCUCUGAAUUACUCGUCACAAUGACUACCUUGGAUGAUAAGAUCCUCGGAGAAAAGCUCCAGUACUACUACAGCAGCAGCGAUGAUGAAGACAGCGACCGUGAUGAAAAUGAACAAAAGACCAUCAAAAAUCCUGUGAUUUCUGUGGGUGCAGAGGUCCGAGAGCGAAGUGCCGUGAACACAGGUCCGAAAGGAGUUAUCAAUGACUGGCGCCGGUUCAAGCAGCUGGAAACUGAGCAGCGUGCAGAGCAGCGGCGCGAGGUCCACAGACUCAUCAAGAAGCUCUCGAUGAAUUGUAGGUCUCACCUGGAUGGACAGAAGGAGCUGCAGAAGCAGAAACUGGUCCAGGAGAAAAUCAACGGAAAGAUGACAAUGAAAGAGUGCAACAUGUUGCAUGAACAGGAUGAUGAAGUAUUUCUGGAGCAGUAUCGAAAGCAGCGGAUGGAGGAGAUGAGGGAGCACCUGUACAGCGGGAAGCGGUUUGAACAAAUCUACGAGCUAACCAGCUCCCAGGACUUCCUGGACACGAUUGAUAAAGAGGACAAGAAUACUCUGAUCAUAGUUCAUAUCUACGAGGACGACCUGCCAGGCUGCGAAGCCAUGAAUGGGUGCCUGAUCUGUUUGGCCUCCGAUUACCCGGUUGUGAAGUUCUGCAAGGUUCGCAGCUCUGUGAUCGGGGCCAGUGCGAGGUUCACCGAUAAUGCUCUACCUGCUCUCCUGGUCUACAAGCGCGGAGACCUGAUUGGUAACUUUGUGCGCAUCACUGACCAACUUGGAUAUGACUUUUUUGCAGCCGAUCUGGAGUCAUUUUUGCGUGAAUAUGGUGUGCUUCCGGAGAAGGAUGUGUCGCCCACAUCCAUUCAGAGUACCUCAGUGUCUCGCAGUGAUGAGAGUGACCUGGACAUUGACUGACCCACAGUUAAAGAGCUAUUUCCUCCUCAUGUAGUGGUCCAGGGCAGUUAUUGCUGAGGCUUAGUUUGUUUCCAGAGCCAAUUCCAAGUCAAUCCCCCAAGUAGCCUAUCUCUGAAUUAAUUAUCUGGACUGUUGGUUUGAGGUGGUGCUUGUUUUUAUUUACAUUGCUAAGAAUAUGCUGUUCAUAUUAAUCAGACCAGCACACAGUUUUCUGGGCCCAGGUGAUUUUUAAUCUCUGACUGUGACCUUGUAAGUUUAGAUGUCAAAUCUCCAUUCCUCUUCCUUCCAUCCACGUCUCCCCUUCACCUCAGGCAUCGCGACCGGAACCAUUCCUACUCAGUAACCAGCAAAUAUGCUUUGGAGUGGUUCCAGGUCGACACUGAGAAUGUCAGGCUAUACACUGGUUGAAGCUGUGCUAAAUGUACAGUUAGACUUGUACUGGGGUUUGCAAAUAGUGAAAAUCUGAAAGCAUGUUUAAUUAUGACCAGCUAACUAUAUCUGCUGAAGAGUGUAUUUGUCUGUAGCACUGUAAAUAACUUGUAGUCUAAUCGUUUGUCCAAAUCCAUCCUUAUCAAUCUUGGUUGAUCAUCUUUCUAGGAAUAUCAUCUGCUUUCCUGCCUCUUCAAGGUUUUAGUCAUUUACAAUUAAAACAGAUUGCUACUUUUUCUAACAAACUCUUGAUCGGGGCCUGGAUGGAUCAGAGGAUAUUAACCACCCCUGCUUUCAAAGACAUCCCUGGUUCUGCAGUUGAGGGAACACAUUGAAUCCUGCCCCAGUUCUGCAUUAUAUAUCUACCUCCUCGGUCCCUGCUGUACCACAGUUUCUGGGUGCUUAUUUGCAACACUGUAACCUGUAAUGAACUUGCUUUGUGGCAUUCAACCAGUUAACAUUCCAAACCUGAAGAAAUGUAAGCCAUUUUUCAACUUUACCUUUAAAUAAAACCUUUAAUGUCUUUCUGCUAGUCAUACCGUGAAGCAUGUUUGUUAUGUUGUGUUUGUGUGUAAACCUAAGCCCCAAUGGUAUCUGUACAAUAUACCGUGUUCAGUGGCUGAGAUUUUAUAGGCCCUUUUAACAAGCUGUUGGCUUGCUCCGCAUUUGUUAGGAUUUAUCCUGUGAUAAGUUUAAAAUGUCCAAAUGAAGUACAGUUAUUGUUCAUUGACAAACAGCAUUGCAACUUUUGUUAUAUUGCUCCUUGACACUGGCAACACUGCAUUUUAAAUAGUUAACAUUUAUAAAGGAAAUGUACCCUUGUUUCUCAUUGUCUCCUAAUCUAAUAAAAAGAUAGUGA